CGCAUGGCUGUUGAAUUGUGCCCUACCUGUACUUGCCACGUACGAACUCACUAACAUUUUUUUUUUGUCGAAUCUGCCGUGCUACUUCACAGUCAGCAGAGCAAGAUGGCGGCCCCUACAAAGCAGUACGGGCUGAUCUUACCACAGAAGAAAGGAGCUUUAAAGACAGCAACCCUGCAGAAGUCCUCAGUGUUUGGGGAUGACUCAGAUGAUGAAACGUCAGUUGGGGAGAGUCUGCAGAGAGAAGCUAUCAAAAAGAAGAUGAUGACGCAGACUCGCUUGGAGAUGCAGAAGGCCCUGGAACAGGACAGCACUGUAUAUGACUAUGAUGCUGUGUAUGAUGACAUUCAAAAGCAGAGAAAUGAGAGCAACAAAAAAAUUCUGGGAGGCACUGACAAAAGGCCAAAGUAUAUCCACCAGUUAAUGAAAGCAGUCGAGGACCGAAAGAAAGAACAAGAGCGAAGGGAAGAGCGAAAGAUCCAGAAGGAAAGAGAGGCAGAGGGAGAGAAGUUUGCUGAUAAGGAGGCCUACGUUACCUCUGCCUACAGACAAAAACUGCAGGAGCAGAAAGAGGAGCAGGAGAGAGAGAGGAGAGAGGCAGAGAUGGAAGCUGCUUUGGACGUGAAGAAACAAAAAGACCUGAGCGGCUUCUACCGACACUUGCUGAAUCAGACUGUAGGAGAGGAGGCGAUACCAGACCGCUCAGCAAACAAAACUCAUACCUCAAAGGUUUCAAAAGACACAGAGAGGACCUCGCCUGCUCCCUCACCUACGUUCCAUGACAAUAACCCAACUUCAUGCAGCGACACUGAGGAGGGGCAUGAGCAGAAGUCUGGGUUUAGCAAGCCUGGUGCAGGCUCUACACACUCAAAACGUCAAUACAGACAGAGGUCGCCUUCAUCAGGGAGUGGAGAAGAUAAGGAGAAGGAAAGAGAGAGGGAGCGAGACAAACAUAAGAAGAGUCACAGAGAUCUAGACAGAGACAGAGGAAGGGACAGAGAUAGAGAAAGAGACAGAGACAGAAACAGGGCAAGGGAAAGGGAUGACAGACAUGGAGGAAGAAGAGAUGACAGGGAUAGAAGGAAAGACAGGGACAGAGACAGAGACAGGGAUCGAGGCAGAGAAGAUGACAGAAGCAGAGGCAGGGGGGAUACAGAGAGGGAAGACAGGCAUGGGAAGAGGGAGAGGAGCCCUAAAGAAAGAGAGAGGGAUAAAAAUGGGGAACGAGAGAAGAGGAGGAAUCCAGUAGAAGACGAGCGGAAGGACAAAGAUCGGGAAGAAGAGAAGGAGAGAAGGAAGGAACCAGAGAAGGAGAAGGCAGUGAGGAGGGAAGAAAAAGACCCAGAAAAGAAGGAUGAAACUGGAGCCCAGAGAAAGGAAAAAGAAGGUGAAGAGAAAGAGGAAAACGUGAACAAGUUUGCAAAGCGCAGCACGGAUCAGACUGUGAGUUCGGCGAGAGAGAGGUACAUGGCCAGACAGAUGGCACGUUCGGCCUGUAAGAGCUAUAUCGAGAGGGAGGAGGACUGACAGCUGUGCAGCACACGGCGCAAACAUCUCUGAAUUGCACACAAUCUCAAUUAAGAUGAGGCUAAUGUUGUUUUGUAGUUUUAUUUUUCUUCAACAAAUCCCAUUAAAAAAAGUCACUGUCUUUUUUGUCAAAACUGUCUGACUCCCCCACGCUGUUACCCAGCCCCACUGGUUCCUAAUGGAAAUAUAUAGGCUUGUUUCAUUUUCUUUUCAAGGGUCAAUAAUUUCUUAAAACAGCUGAGCACUGUAGUUUUUUAGCAAAUGUUCCUCAAACAGGAGUAAAUAUUGCACUUGUUGAAGACUACUUUCAUUGACGGAUUAAUACACAUUUGGUACACUAUGGGAAGCUUGCCAGCCUUGUCUUGUGCUAAUGGCCUUCGGUGAUGAAAGACAGAGACCUUGGUGAUACAUACUUUUUUUUUUUUUAGUCUUGAAUAGACAGAUUAUUGAUUUAUUAUUGUGAAAUAAGCAUGUUGACUUGUAAAUAAGAGUUUUGACAGACAGCCUCUUGUGUCAUCACAUACCGGAAUGAGUGUAAAUGCAAAAUUUAAACUUAUUACUUAAAUUGGAAGAUGGAUGAGUGUGGAAUGACGUGUGAACCAGUGAAGUCGUGUUUAUUCACUUUUGUUGAGGUUUUGUAUCUUACUCUUGUAGUCAGUGAAUUAAUAAAAUAAUUUC